GGCUUUGAUCGCUGCGACAGACCGAGCCGCUGUCUCUCGCACGCACAAGCCACCCUCGUUUCCUUCCUCCCGAUCCUUGUCGUGCUUCCGAAGCUUCGUGCGCGCGAACCGGAGAUCUUCCCCCACCCUCUCUCUCCUCCGCUCCGUCCGUCUCGAGAUCCGCGGAAGAAGCGACGGAAGAGAAGCUUGGGCUGCGGCGAGACGGGCGACGGGAUCGGCGGUGGAGAGAAGUCGAGCGCCGUUCCUCCUGCUUCGUCUCUUCCCGAUCCCCGCUUCUUGAGGGGGAAGAAUGGGAUCUAGGGUUUUUGUUGGGCUCUGCUCAUCGCAUUCGCUUUCUUGGUCCGGUUUUGGCGGGAUAUCGAUGUAGGUUUCGAUCUUGGGACUGGGAAGGAGGGUCGGCGGUGGUCCUUGCCUCGAUCUGGAAUGGCGAAUUAGGGUUCGGUUUAUCGGUUGUUUUUGUCGGUCUUAAUUGAAGUGAAAUGGGAGGGAAUUAGGUCUCUUGUUUUGUUGACGUUUUUUGAUCGUUUUUACUUCUUUGAUCGGAAGACGUUGAGAGACUGAGGAACAAAGGUUGGGAAUAGCUGGUUUUUGGUGAUUUCUUGCGUUCUUUCUUGCCGUUGGAAGUGAGGUUGAUGGGGAAUAAGAUAGGGAGGAGGAGGCAGGUGGUGGACGAGAAGUACACAAGGCCGCAGGGAUUGUACCACCACCGCGACAUUGAUGAAAAGAAACUGAGGAAGCUCAUUCUGGAGUCCAAGUUGGCGCCGUGCUACCCUGGAGGCGAUGAAUGCGCUCUCGAUCUUGAAGAGUGUCCCAUUUGUUUUCUAAAUUAUCCGAGUCUUAAUCGAUCGAGGUGUUGCAUGAAAGGCAUAUGCACGGAGUGUUUCCUUCAGAUGAAACCACCUCAUGCAACUCGCCCUACAGAGUGCCCCUUUUGCAAAACUUUAAAUUAUGCUGUUGAGUACCGUGGUGUGAAGACAAAAGAAGAGAAGGGAUUGGAAGAAGUUGAAGAGCAGAAGUUCAUCGAAGCACAAAUAAGGAUGCAACAACAAGAAAUUCAGGAUGAAGCAGAAAGGCUGAAGAAAAGAAAAGAUAUAAGUUCUCCGAGUAGAAUAAUGAAUGACGCAGAAGUGGAGUAUUGUGACAUAGUUCCGUCUCUGAGAUGCACAACACAAAUAAAUGAUUUUGUUUCAUCUCAAGCUUCGUGCUCGGUGCCGGCAGGCAUGCUGCCUUCACACUGUAGACAGAACAGAGCUGACAAUUUUGACCGUGAUCUUGAUGACAUUAUGGUCAUGGAAGCUAUCUGGCUUUCUAUUCAGGAGCAUGGUCAUCAAGGAUAUCCAGUCUAUCUCGGAAGUUUUUUCCCUGGACCAUCCUUUUCAGAAGAAUGUUACAGUUCCCAUGGAAUAGCUCCUCCAGAAGUGUCACCCUAUAGUGGGUUAGCUUGUGCAGCUUCAGCUCUAAAUGAGCACCAGCAUAUUUAUGUGGAGUCUAGUGCUAAUAUAUCCAGUAGUGCCACCUCAAUGUUGGACAUGCUUCAUCAAUCAGGCAGUUUAGGAAACAUGAGGUUUAUGCAGAAUAAUCCUUCAAGUUACUGGAAUGAGAUACCACCAGAUAGCGGAAGGGAAGUACUGAGGGAGGAGCUUGGUGAGUGUUCGACUGAUCAUUGGUCAGACAUGUCUGAGGCAGGGACCAGCUAUGCUGGUUCAGAUGUUAUGGUAGAUCCACGGACUGCAGUGAUUCCAUUCCCAAGUGGUGCUAUCAUGACUCCGGGACAUUUCGCUCCCGAGAACUUUGAAGAGCAAAUGAUUCUUGCCAUGUCGGUGUCAUUAGCUGACACUCGAGCAAGGAUGCCUGCCCAAGGACUGACAUGGCUGUAAUGAUGAUGAUUUGCCCUAAGAAAUUUCUUUCCGAUCCAUUUGUUUUUCCUUUUUUUUUUUGUCUCCUUUUGUCUGUUGGUUUGAUGGUUCUUUCAUUUUUAGUUGGUUUCCUGUAUACAUGUGAAGGUGACACUUGUAUGGAUGGUGGGAAAGAUGGUGCAUAGAAUUGAAAGGCUAAUAGAAUAUGCAUUAGUUGACUCUUAUCUAAUGUAAUUCAAAGGCUAUUAUUGCUUUA